UUGCUUUAAAGGAAAAGUAUGUGUCAAACCUUUGAAUAAUACAAUCUCCAAGUCACAGCAAAUAUUUAUUCAACAGUUUUUCAGAUUUGCAACAUGUUAAAGUUUUUUUUUUUUAACUAGACAAUAGACAUCUUUGUUUUAAAAUUCUAACAAAAAGUGCAGGUAGCUCCCAGGGUCAGCAGCAUGUCUUAUAAAGUUAAAUAAAUUAAAUAAAUGAGUAGCUCACUAAAAUUGUCUACAGUAGAUAAGGUUUUCCUCAUUUUCAAUAUAACUGAAAUGUCAAACAAAAACAAAAAACGUGCACGGAGUUCCCAGGGUCAGCAGCAUCUCUUGGUGAAGAUUUAAAUAACUAAAUAAAUAGUUCCCUGAAAUUACAAACAUUUAUUAUUUGUGAAAUUAUUGUCACAUAUUAUAAAUAAUAAUAUACUGUACUGUAUACAAUUAUAAAAAUGGAUGGAUACAUGUUUUUAUUUUAAAGCAGCACUGACUGCAGUAUCCCAGAGUUCCAAGGGGUGCGUUCGUUUUAUCCUGUCGUCCAUCUGUAUGCCGCCACACACCGAAUGGGAAGAAAGUCCAUCUCCAAUCCCCGCCCACCUAACUGGCCGCCUCAACACAACACAAGCGCUUCUUUUUUGGGUCACGUGACAUCGGGAAAAAAUGGGAGCAAGAAGAAGGCGGAUAAAAGAUGGACUCACUGCGACGAUUUGCUCCAGAACAAACAUCUUUGCUUAGCGGGAUGUUUUUGAAAAUGGCCUAAAAGAUGAGCUACGACAUGUGGACGUUUGGAAAUUAAUGAGCUUGCAGCGGCGAUGGAAACAAGAGACCAUGUACAUAAGCCUGGAGGUUUUGUAUUAACACUACUGCUUUGGAACUGUUCAUAAUUGCCUCCACCUCGACUGAGGCCGCAGUUCCAGCUGAAGAAAAACAGCCGUAAAGUAUGACGCUGCAGCCACCACGCUUCACUGUAGGUGUGGUGUUCUUUUGGGGAUGAGCAGUGUCGUGUUUGCGCCACGCAUACAUUUUUGAAUGAUGCCCAAAUUGUUCAACCUUGAUUUAUAUUUAUUAAAAAAAAUAAACUUGAUCUCUCCCAAUAGCGUGUGGAAAAAAUGUCUUGGGGACUUAAAACCAUGUUGAACUUUUUAGCCAUAAUGGCAAAAAAGUAUGUCACAGCUACAUAGUCAUUUAUAAGAGGGUGCACACACAUGUGCAACCAUAUGAUAACAGUUGUUUAUUUUUACUUCCACUUUGAAAAUAUCUUUUUUUAAAAUUAUAUUGAGUUGUGAAGGUAAUAGGUCACAUAAAUCGUGGAAAUUAUUUAUCCAUCCAUCCAUCCAUUUUCUGAGCCGCUUCUCCUCACUAGGGUCGCGGGCGUGCUGGAGCCUAUCCCAGCUAUCAUCGGGCAGGAGGCGGGGUAAACCCUGAACUGGUUGCCAGCCAAUCGCAGGCCACAUACAAACAAACAACCAUUCGCACUCACAUUCACACCUACGGGCAAUUUAGAGUCUCCAAUUAAUGCAUGUUUUUUUUUUUUUUGGGAUGUGGGAGGAAACCGGAGUGCCCGGAGAAAACCCACGCAGGCACGGGGAGAACAUGCAAACUCCACACAGGCGGGGCCGGGGAUUGAACCCCCGUCCUCAGAACUAUGAUUUAAUCAUCCGCCGAGGAAGCGUGAAGAUGAAGCUGAACGAACGCAGCGUGGCCCACUACGCCACGUGCGACUCGCCGCCCGACAAGACGGGCUUCCUGUUCAAGAAGGGCGAGCGCAACACGGCGUACCACCGCCGCUGGUUCGUCCUCAAGGGCAACAUGCUCUUCUACUUCGAGGAGCGCGACGGCCGCGAGCCCAUCGGCGUCAUCAUUCUGGAGGGCUGCACCGUGGAGCUGUGCGAGUCGGCCGAGGAGUUCGCCUUUGCCGUCAAGUUCGACUGCGCACGGGCUCGCGUGUACAAGAUGGCAGCCGACAGCCAAGCGGCAAUGGAGUCGUGGGUCAAGGCAUUGUCGCGGGCCAGCUUCGACUACAUGAGACUGGUGGUCAAAGAGCUGGAGAGGCAGCUGGAGGAGAUCCAGGAGGCGGCCGGUGGAGGCCUACAGGGCAGGCCCAGGGCAUCCAAGCGAGCGUCCAAAUCCAGAUCGUCGUCGUCGUCGUCGUCCUCCUUGUCGUCGACGUCGUCCAGCUCUGGACAAAAGAACCACCAGGAUGAGGUCCAGCUCAUGUCCGGAGGUCCCAAGGAGAACGGUGUUGCCUGGAGCAAACCGCACCCCGUCUUGGCUAACGGUUCGUCUGAGGGGGCGUCUUCCUGCGUGGCCUGGGAAUGCGGGGCCGACUCCCUAAAUAACGGCUUGACAGCUCACAGGACCAACGGAGUCAGGGCUCCCCCGGUGCCCCCCAGAAGAAGAGGAGCGUCUCUCGAGAGCCCCUUCUCCCCCGUCACCGGAUGCUUUUCCAAGCUCCACGACUGGUACGGACUCGAGGUGGAGGAGCUGAGGGCCCAGUGGCUUCAAAGUCAGUGAACCCCUGGAGACGGGUCAAAUUUUCCAAGAUUAGAUCAUUCCGUUGUUCCGUUUUCCAGGGUCGAGGCGGAGACUGGAGGUGAUCCCCGAUGACUUACUGCUAAAAGCAGACUACACCCUGGAAGUUUGAAAUUCUGAUCACAAGCCACUUUUUAUACUGUCUGUAGAAGCCAGCAGUUUCCCAUUUUGUCGCUGUUCUGCAUUAACCACAGCCGCAGAAUGGAGGAAUGAAGUCGACCCCAGCAUUUUUCUGCCUUUGGAGGUUGUAACCACAUUUAUGCUGCUUGCAAAAGAUGGCAUUUUGUUGCCUUUUUUCAGUGUCACCGUUUUGUACAAACAGCACAGACACAGAAUGGUGGUUUAAAGUCAACCCAGCAAUUUUCCGCCUUCUGGAAGUGGUGGUCGGUUUUACACCAACUGUGCAAAAGCAGGUAUUUUUCUACCUUUUUGUGUCGCUGUUCUAUAUAAAUGGCACCGAAAUGAAAUAGUGGGGAGCAAAGUCAACCCGGCAUUUCCUUGUAAAUAGUCAUGCCUUUGUUGUGUAUAUGACACAGGCACGCCAUGGGAGUAUGAAGCAAUUUCAGCAUUUUUCCAUCUUUUUUAUUUUACUAGUUUCUGUGGAAACAGCACAGACACAGACUGGGGAGAAGUUGACCUGGCAAUUUUUUUGCUGUGUGGCGGUAGGAACCACUUUUACACUGGCUGUAAAAGCAGACAUUUUCCUGACUUUUUUUCCUCCCGUGUCACUGUUCUAUAUGAAUGGAAUCAAUGCAGAAUGGGGGGAACAAAGUCGACUCGGCACUUUUCAGCCUUUUGAGAUGGUAGUCACUUUUUUCCACUGCAUGUGAGGGAAUUCUACAAUACUGGGACUAGAGUUUGAAGUUUAACACAUAAAACUAAUUUGUCCCUCCCUGUUGUGCAGUCCAAUGAAAUAUCAGACGUCAUCAAUUGAUCCAGCUGCAGUAGGCUGUAGGGUUGGGCAUCGUUUGAAUAUGAGCGAUUCCGGUCCCGAUUCCGGUUCCUUAUUUCGAUUCCGGUUCCGAAUGAUUCUCGAUUCUGAUUCUUUUAGGGGGCUGGGUCAAAAAAGUUUGCAUGGUUUAAGUAAAGGGUGUCCAAAAUAUCAACAUCCAUUUUCUUAGCAGCCCGCAGCAUAGACUAAAACAUUUGACUCCUGGUUCUUUAUAACCAGUAUCAAUAUGGAACCUAUGAACUAAAAGGCAAUGUGUGUGGAGCUAACCCAAUUUACUUAAUAUUCAUUAAUUAAUGUUUCAGCCGCCGGCACGGUCGUCGACUGGUUAGCACAUCUGCCUCACAGUUCUGGGGACCGGGGUUCAAAUCCCGGCCCCACCUGUGUGGCGUUUGCAUGUUCUCCCGUGCCUGGGUGGGUUUUCUCCGGGCACUACGGUUUCCUCCCACAUGCUGAGUGCGAAUGGUUGUUUGUCUCUAUGUGCCCUGCGAUAGGCUGGCGACCGGUUCAGGGUGUACCCCGCCUCCCACCUGAAGAUAGCUGGGAUAGGCUCCAGCAGCCUGCGACCCUAGUGAGGAUAAGCGGUAAAGAAAAUGAAUGGAUGGAUUAUGUUUCUGACGGAACUGAGCAUUUUGGCACAAAAAGUAAAUGACACCGAUGAUUUUUUUAAUGAUUUUGUUUUAAUUAUUAUUUAUGAAUUGGACCAAAAUGCUAUCAAACAUUCAUUCCUUUCCUCCUUUGCACAAUAUAAUCUUAUUCCAAGUGUUGCACUGAGGCGACUGGUCAUUAAUUUGAACAAUGUUAAGACGCACUUUUGUUCGCUGCUGUCGCCGUUGGUCACAAGCACGUCUUCGUUCUUCUUCGUAGGUUUUCGCCACUUCUUGUUCAGGGUCGCCGGACGAGGCAUCGAAACUGGGAACCAAAAUUUUGAAAGUUGAACAAUUCCGGAAGAGCCGGAACAUUAGUCCCGGUUCAAAUCGAUUCUGGAUGCCCAACCCUAGUAUGCUGUGUGAAAUAUCCUGCUUCCUUUGGUUCUGUGUAAAGGCGGUAAAAUGCCGGUUCUUAGGUUAUGGGCUCUGAUCCGUGAACGUGGCUCCAGUGUCAUUGGAAGUGCCAACUGAUCAAUCAAGUCCAGUGAACUAUGUAAAAAAAAAAAAAGUACAAUACCAAUGGCGACUACAUCAUUCCUUGGCAACACAUUCUUUGUUUUAUUAAUCAGUGAGGACAGUAUUUGUGAUUGAUUGUGCAUCCUGUCUGGCACAGGAGAAAUUAAUCAGCCAUGAUGUAAAUAUGGGAUGAUGCAAACUAAAAUCACUUUUUUUCUGUUGUUUUUUUUCUUUUCCUUCCACUUUUGCCUAAAUGACAAUUGUCAGUGGAAUAUUGACAAAAGAGUAGCUAUCCUCUUGACACUUUGUCUUAACACUCAAUUUUGAUUUAGUGCCUUUAACCGUUUUGAACAAACAAAAAAAAAUAGGAUUUCUACUUUCGAGUGAACCAGAAACAACUACACGCUGCUCUAAAAACAACAUGGAAGUAAACAACAAUAUUAAUCACCUGCCAGGAAGAAGAGGGAGUCCUCUUCUUUCCAACUUCCUGUUUAAAUUUGCCAUUACUCUACAUGUUUUAUUGGUCCAUCUAUGCACUCUAUUUUUGAUGUACGGUGGCCGGGUGAGUUGUGUGGGUAGACUUUCGUAUGCGUCGAUGUCAUUGAGUUUGUUGAGUCAUACCCUGACCAAAUCAAGAGUUCAACUGAUUCCAUUUGUAUGAAUGGGUAUCUUCUGAAUGGUAAUAACACAACAACGUGAAAAAAUAGUUUAAGAAGUUGCAGUAGAGAUAUUAAUUUGUUAAUUUAAUGUUUUGUUUUUUUUUUUAAACAUUCUUAAGGUCCUAACCCAUUAAUAACGGUCAACCUAAGCAAAUUAGUUGUUCAAAAAUAGCCUUUGAAAACUCCAUCAGCAGCGUAUUUUUGUAACACACCAUAGCCCCUCAAAUAUUACCCCAUUGUCUAAAAAGUAAUGAUCAAAAUGCUUGCCUGAGAUGUACUUUUUUUUUUUUUUUUUUUUUUUUUUUUUUUACAUUCCAGUUGUAAUUAAGCGCUGCAGCUUCUUCUCACAUUCCAAAAACAUGUACGUAAGGUUCAUCGAAGACUCUUAAAUUGUCCAUAGGUGUGAUUGUGAAUGAAUGGCUGUUUGUUUUGUGCCCUGCCUUUGGCUGGCCACCAGUCGAGGGUGUACCCCGCCUCUCGCGAUCUUAACGCGGACAAAUGCUAACUUAUCUUAUCUGACCUCACGUUUCCUCUUCCAUGUCGAAAGUUGUUUAAGCCAGAGCUCGGUAAAACGGGCAUGGUGACUCAGUACGCAUUCACAACACUUUGUUUGUACAACUAUUUUCCCAGUCACAUGUUGUCAGAGGACCACACUUUGCUUCUAUGUUGUUUUCCUUUCUUUUGAUGAUAUGUUCCGACAGUGGCUGGGUGGCUUCGGUUCGCAUCAUUGCACAGCAUUAUCAUGAAUGUUGCACACAUGGUACAAGAGGGAGGGUGUUUUUUUCUUCCUCAAAUUGCAAUUGCAUCCGUUAACUUCAACGCCUAUGGUAGCAGGUGUCAUAUGAUGUGAAUGUGCCGAUUUAACCGCAUGAAUAAUAAUAGUCGCAUAAUCAGAAGUGCCAAAUUUCAACUCGAGUAACGUCAUUGAUCUUUUGUAUGUAACAUUUUGUGACGUUUUUAUGCACAUGAUCCAGGUAUUGUUUUGAAUAAUCAAUGUUAUCAAUCACGCAUACUUUAAUGCUGUUCUACUUUAAAAUAUCUGACAAACUUACAAUGUAAUCUGUUUUAUUGACUUGACAGCAUUUGCCAUCAUUUCUGAUCACAGUUGCCUGCCCUGUUAUGUCACUUUAAUGACAUCAAUGACAGUUGAAUGGUAAUCAAAUGUGACAUGGAUUGUUGUUUAUGAAAGGCUUGUCUACAAUUUGAAGUUGUCAUAUUGUCAUUUAAAACAAAUUUUUUUGGCAGUAUUGUUUCACAAUAUCAAGCAUUCUCAUGAUUAUGGUACCUUGAAGUAUAUUUAAUCACCUACUGUAAGCAACCAAAAUAAAAAACUGUCAGGA